AAAAGAACGUUUGGAAUGUGCUGAUUUUAGCGUGAUGUGUGACGAGUGAGUUAGUGUGUAAGAAUCUUUCUUCAAUUUCAUAAAAUGUGUUAAUUAUUAGGUUAGCUUGUGCAGUGUAUUUGAUUGCAAUUUUUUUUGCAAAUGUCGACUCUAUGUGUAUGUGAUUUAUGGCGCAAUCUUCCGAUGGUGCGCCGACCGCAUGUGAAUGACGUCAUGCAUCUGCAAAAGAUGUCUUAAUGACGAUAUGUCCAAGAAACAUUCGCCGCAACCAAAGCGAUCCGAGGCUCUCAGCGGACGUCUAUCCAAGUCAGCAUCAGAGCUGUCAUGUGCUGCGCCGGUGCAAGCGUCCCCGCCCCGCGCCCGCUCCGCGCACCACCACACUCCACUGUCUGUUGUACACAGGACGCAUCACUUUUUCAGCAAUUUGAAGAACCGUUGGCAACGCAGCAAGAGCCGGGAGCGAUGUCCAGCGGGGACGGUCCUAUCUGUCGCCCCUGGGCCGGACAGCAGUGGCACAGAAUAUGCGGACCAUAGCUCUGAACAUAGCACGCCUGCUAACUCGCCACGACAUAGGUUAAGAAAAGAUCAGUCGCUGACUCGGCAAGCCUCUAUAGACCCGGUGCCGUCGACGUCAAUAACACCAUCCCACUGCGGCCGACCGCCGGUUGAGUUGUUACAAUUGGAACCAGAUGAAGGUCAACGAUUAAGGGAACAACAACUUCGACAAUACGCAUUCUUCCAACUACGAAUACAUUUGAAAAGAGGGCAAAAUUUAGUUGCCAUGGAUAAAAAUGGUUUGUUGUCAGGGACCAGUGACCCAUACAUCAAGUUUAAAGUGGGGGGGCGGUUGCUGCAUAAGUCCAGGAUAGUGUACAGAGACUUGAACCCAGUGUGGGAUGAAUGCUUCACUGUGCCGAUUGAAGAUCCCUUUCAGCCUGUGCAAUUGAAGGUAUUCGACUACGACUGGGGUUUACAAGACGACUUCAUGGGCUCCUGUUAUCUAGACCUAACCGCGCUAGAGUUAGGUCGUUCCCAGGAUCUAGUGCUAUGCUUAAGAGACCCGAAUAAGUUAAAUCAGGACAUGGGAGAGAUAGUUUUGAACGUCACUUUGUAUCCCAAAUCACAAGAGGACAAAGAGCAGUACCUCCUAAAGAACACACGAUUAAGUGACGUAAACAAGCGGUUAAAAGCUCAAAUAUGGAGUUCGGUGGUAACGAUCGUGCUGGUGGAAGCGAAGAACCUCCCUCCUAUGGAUUUGGAUACGAGAUCGAGCGACCCUUACUGCAAGUUUAGGUUAGGUAACGAGAAAUAUAAGAGCAAGGUAGUGUGGAAAUCUUUACACCCAUCCUGGUUGGAACAAUUCGACCUGCAUUUGUAUGAUGAUCAGGAACAAAUACUGGAAGUCACUGUGUGGGAUAAGGAUAAACAGACGAAAGACGACUUUUUGGGAAGAUGUACAAUAGACCUAUCAAAGUUAGAAAGAGAAAAAACCCAUAACAUAUGGAAGGAUCUAGAAGAUGGGAAUGGACAGAUAUUUUUACUCCUAACUAUAAGUGGUACAACUCAAUCGGAAACAAUUACGGAUCUGGCUAGCUAUAGAGAAAAUCCUAGAGAUAUAUUGAAUAUUGAAAAGAGAUAUGCGUGGUUUCGUCUAAACGAACAAUCAAGUGGUGUAGGAUGGUUAUGCGUCAAAGUGUAUGGGGCUAAGGGUUUAGCAGCUGCAGAUUUGGGAGGGAAAUCUGAUCCAUUUUGCGUACUAGAACUGGGCAAUGCGAGAUUACAAACGCAUACAGAGUAUAAGACUUUGACACCUAAUUGGAUGAAGAUAUUCACUUUUACAGUCAAAGACAUAAGUUCGAUUUUAGAGAUAACAGUAUAUGACGAGGAUCAUGAUCAUAAAGUUGAGUUUUUGGGGAAAUUAGCAAUACCGUUGUUAAAUAUACGAAAUGGGGAGAAACGGUGGUUCGCGCUAAAAGACAAAAAGAUGAGAGCUAGAGCGAAAGGCAACUACCCGCAAAUUUUGUUGGAAAUGUCAGUUAUAUGGAAUCCGUUAAAAGCAGCAAUACGAGCGGUAAAUCCAAAAGAGCCUAAGUACAUGCACCAAGAGGCGAAAUUCAAAAGACAAGUAUUCAUUCGAAACGUUAUGAGGUUGAAAGCUAUCAUCAUGUGGUUCAUUGAAGUUGGGAAAAUAUUACAAGACUGUUUUGAAUGGGAAUCAAGAAUAUUAUCCUUCAUUGGUCUAUUAGCGUGGCUUACCUUUUGUUACUACUAUGAAAUGUGGAUGCUGCCAUUUCUAUUGCUCUUAUUUUUCGCAAGGAAUUGGCUGAUAUAUAGAUUGACGGCCCAAUUAAACAUCUACAAAACUCCUCGGGAAUAUUUAAAAUCGUUUUUAUUUAGUAGUGGCAACCCAUUAUUACUACCCGUGGAUGAUGAUGAUUUAUUGGCUGAAGAGGACGAUGAAGAAGAUGUAGAUAAGGAAGAGAAAAAAUCACUUAAAGAGAGGCUUCAAGCGAUACAAGAAGUGACGCAAACAGUACAAAACGCGAUUGGAUAUGUAGCGUCUUUGGGAGAAGCUGUUAAGAACCUAAUGAACUUCACAGUGCCAUAUCUUAGUUAUUUAGCAAUAAUAAUGCUUUUCGCGGCGAUGACAGUGUUGUAUAUGAUACCUUUAAGAUAUUUACUAAUGGCGUGGGGUGUUAAUAAGUUUACAAGAAAGAUUUUAAGACCGCACACAAUACCAAAUAAUGAAGUUUUAGACUUAUUAUCUAGAGUUCCAGAUGACGAAACUUUGUUGGACGUUCGAGAACUAAAACCUCACCCACCGAGCGAGCGACGUGACGCGAAACGGAAACACAAAGCUUCGUAACAUUCGAUAAAGAUUCGUCAACGAAUCAAACAAUAUAUGGAAUCUCUAGAAACUUAAUAUAAAACCUUUUUCGAAGUGAAACUUCUUUAGGCGCGUUGAGAGUAAAAUUUCAAUGUCAUGGCAAUACCGUCAAAUCAGGGAGUAAAGCGACGAUUUUUAUAUCUUUGAAUCUUGCCAAAAAAGUUUCACUUCUGACACGUGUGCUCGGCACACAUGUUCUUUUUUAUUUAUUUGGCGAUUUUUGUACAAAAAAUUUCAUCUCUUGUAAUUCUCAGUCACAAAGCAACUAAACGCAACAAAUGCACAAAGACAAUAUUAUGAACUAUAAAGAUAUUUGCUUGUUGGUUUGUUUGUUCUAGACCGGGAGCUAGUACAAAUGACUCAAUAAUUUCUGUUACUAUCUCCUGGUCUAUUCGUAUUUAACUCAAGAACUACCUGGUGGAUAUGAAAAAUAAAUUUACCAUUAAGUACAAUCUUUAUUACAAACUAACUGCGCCCCACGGUUUCACCCGCGUGGCUCCGCUCUGGUUGGUCUUAGCGGGAUGAUGCCUUUCUCGAUGAAUGGGCUUACACCAAAAGAAUUUUUCAAAUCGGACCAGUAGUUCCUGAGAUAAGCGCGUUCAUACAAAUAAACUCUCCAGCUUUAUAAUAUUAGUAUAGAUUUUUACGAUAUUCGGCAAAAUUUCGAUUGCAAAUACAUUUUUAUUGGCUGAGCAAAUAUAAACCAAAAUUAUUAUAAUUAUUUUUAUGAGAUUUGAAAUUGUUGGCUAUAUAAAAAUUGGAUGGAUUAGUGAUCUUAAUUCUUUGGGUUUUUACAUUUUUGUAUAAAAUAUUAAAAAUUUAACCCUUAGAAGUAUAUAGUACCUGGUGGAAACGUCCAGAAGUGAUGAGUAAGUAAAAUUAGAUCUUGAAGAUCGUUCAAAUAGAAUAAUAAUGACUGAUUAUAUUAGCAUUUUGAUCCUAUAUGUUUUUUAAAUAUUAAUCCCGUUGUUUAAAGAAAUAAUAGAAUAUUAGUACGAUGGUUAAAACAACAAUAUCAUCUAGACACACUAAGUAAUUGUAAAUCUAUAAAAUAUCUUCUAUAUCUCAAUUGUUAUCGUAAAUUCUCGAUUAUUGAUGUAAAUUGUAGUCUUUCCUAUGUGUCUAAAUAAAUUUGAUUAUAUUUUUAACUCUUUACCAUGCGUCUCUUUAUCCAUUUAUAUCUGAUGGAAGUCAAAGAUCAAAUCUAUUGAUUCCGUAAUAUAUUUUCAUUUUUAAAUAGCGCAUAUCAGUUUAUUUACGUAUCUGUGAUUGAAUCCUCGUUAUUUUAGAAUAAAAUCGUUCUCAUUCAAAUAUGGCAACACCAAGUUUUAUAAAUAAUAUAUCGUAGCUUAAAAAUCUUCCAUUUUAAAUUUUAGUAUUGUUUAUUAAAUUAGAUUUGCCGCUAGACGCUUCCAUAUUCCUUUAGAUUUAGAGCAAAAUAGUAUUAACGCAAUUGAAUAUCUUUCUAAAUUUCUGCAGUUCAGUUCAUGCGAUACAAUAUUUUGACAUUAUUUUUUUUAGAUUAUCAAAUAAAGUAAUACUUAAACAUAGAUAGUAUAAGACUGAGACCAAUCUCAUAAAUUUAUUACAAAACUAACAUCAUAAUAUUAUAAUAGACAUUGUUGACUUUAUUUAAUAACUCUUUGUUUUAUAAGAUAUCACAAAAAGCAUUUUUGACGUUUUUAAAACUAGAUAUAUUACAAUUAGACAUCAUAAGCUAUGUUUAAUCUUGCCUAACUAUAAUUUAUUUCGUUAUUUUCUUAAAAAUUUACUCUAGUCACAAAAAUUAUUUUCACCUUUGAAAGUAUUAUUUUCUUUCAAUAAAAUUAUGCACAAUUUAAAGCACUCUUCAUAAUAAUGCACAUAAUAAUAUAUGCACAAGAACACUCGCUGUAGUUUAUAUUAAUUGAAAUUGUGAUAUUUAACGCAAUAUUAUAAGCUUAGAUUGUUAUAUUGUCGAUUUAGUAUAAGAUUUGUAACUUAUUAUUUUAUUACAGAAUUUCUUCAAUAUAAAUCUUGUAUAAAUCUUUCUAUAAUAAUUGUUUGAUUUAAAAGUGUACCUACAAUUAAUGUUUCACAUUCACAAUCACUUUUUAUUAAAUUGUAUUCAUUUUCUUUGAAAUACUUGUAAAAAAUAAAUGCAAAAAAUAUACAUUUGACUUGACUUCAUAUCUGUAUCUAAAUGUAUUUUUCUCGUUGAAAACUUUCUAACUAUAAGUAUGUACAAUAUUAUAACUAAUUUGUGUCGUUUAAAAAAUGAGAAUAUUAUUAUUAUUAAUGUAAGAAACACAAGUGAUCAAUGUUAACGCUUUUCAUAUUUUAAAAAAUAAAAUGAGUUAUAAAAGUUUA